CACAACCCACGUCGUCUGACGUAUAGCACAACUACAUCGACAGCAUUUAUUGUGCUGAAUUUCAAGUAUAUAUUAAUACAGCAUACUAUAAGAUUACCUCUGACAUGGCGUUUGGAAAGUCGUAUCCACACAGGUUGAUAAUAGGUUUGGGAAUAACGCAAUUGGUGAUUUCUGGAUUGAUUAUAAUAUUUGGUAUUGUUACCUCAUUGUACAUUGGAUUCAAAUAUGGCUCGGCCCCUAUCGUAAUAGGGAUCUGUUUUGCCUUAGCAGGAAUCCUCGCGGUGCUGUUGUCUAAAUAUCGAAAAGAUGGACUAGUAAUAGCAGUUGUGACGGUGUCUGUUUUAAGCUCAUUGUUUGCAGCAGGACUAUUUAUUGGUUUGGCAGUUCUUAUGGCUCAAUUUGCGUCUGUCUAUAAUAGUUUUGAUUGUGGUACUGUCUGUCAGAUUACUAAGGGUCCUGUUUAUGGAAUUCUUGGUGUGAUGAUCUUCCUGCUUUUGGUGGAAUUUGUUGUUGCAAUUGUAACAGCAUCAACAAGUGGUGGCUGUUGUUUCCAAGACAACCAAGGCACACAUGAUAAGGUUAGAGGUGACUGUGAUGAAAAGUAA